GUGACGCGGGCCCCGGGGGCGGGGGCGGCGUUCCCGCUGUUCUCUGGACUGGGUGUCAUUGGGCUCCGAGAAGCGACGACCGGGGCACUGCGGGGUGUCUGGUGUCGGGCACGGCCAUGGCGGGCGCGCUGGUGCGGAAAGCGGCGGACUAUGUCCGGAGCAAGGACUUUCGGGACUACCUCAUGAGUACGCACUUCUGGGGCCCUGUAGCCAACUGGGGUCUUCCCAUUGCUGCCAUCAAUGACAUGAAAAAGUCUCCAGAGAUUAUCAGUGGGCGGAUGACAUUUGCUCUCUGCUGUUACUCCUUGACGUUCAUGAGAUUUGCCUACAAGGUGCAGCCUCGAAACUGGCUUCUCUUCGCCUGCCACGCCACAAACGAAGUCGCCCAGCUCAUUCAGGGGAGUCGCCUUAUCAAAUACGAGAUGACUAAAAAGGCAUCAGCGUAACAAGGGAAAAUGAAAACCCAGCUGUUGGAAGGGAAGCUAUGCCGCUGCUGAGUCAGUCCGCCUCACGAUAGGCUCGCUAAGGAAAACAGGCUGGCUACUAUUUUUACUAACCAGUUUUUCUAGAAAUAGCUGAGAGUCCCGAAGCCAACUCUCUGCUGCCUUACAAGUACUGAAUAUUUCACUUCUCUUCGUAAAGAGUAGCUCAAAAUAUGCGAUCAAUUUAGUAAUUCCCGAUGAUGGUUUUAUCUGCGGUAAUAUGGAUAGUACCUGUUAGAAUUUACUUAAUGAAAAACCGAAGAGAACAUCGUUUGUAAUUAUUAGCAUUUAAGUACUCAGAAUUCUUAACUGUAAUGACCACGAGACCGACGGCUGGCCACAUACUCCAAUCUCAUUGCCAAUGUUUUGAAAAAGUGUGUAUUUCCGUGCAGUGUGUAUAUUGAGCUGCUGGAACUUAAUGGCAAUAAAUGAUUUAAAUAUUUGUCAAA